UCCUCUUGUCCCGGACGAGAUCCCAGACCGGUAAUCCUCGGAUCGAGACGCAGUCGCAGACACCGUCACCGACCCGGGAAGACGACGCCGGCGACCGCCGCCGCUGUCGCGGAUCACCAGGACGCAGCAGCCGCCAGCGCCUCGGAUACGUAGCGGAUCACCGGGACGACGACGCUGCCGGCGUGUCGGCUAACCACACGCCGUAGACGUUGAGGAGGGCGAGAGCUCCUGCGCUCCCGGGGAUGCAGCUGCUUACCACGCCCGACCCAUGGCACGGUGGUGCUGGUGACGAAGGACAUGCUGGCCCGGGUGAUUUGCAUACGUCCCUCAUCGACGGUCAUCUACAGUGCAUGUUUGGUUUUCGGUUUCUCUGACAAGGAAUGACAUAUUUGCUCGUACCUUGUCCUCAUCCUCGGCGGCGGCGGCGCUGGAGCGAAACGGUACCCGCCCGCCGUGGCCACAGCGUUCCACUAGGUAUACCACGUCCGGUGGCUACACGACUACUACACGGACCUGUUCCGCGAGCACAUGACGUUCCGGCUGCUCUCACUGGGACGAGGGGUUGAUUUACACGUCCGACCCGGCGGGGCUCGAACACAUCCUCAAGAUUAUCUUCGCCAACUAUGGCAAGCCGAGGUGGACGUGGUCGUGUCAAACGUGGUCAAGCUAGCCACGGCGGCCAAGGCCAUGUCCAUCACAUGAUGCGCAUGGCGAGGAAGGCCAUGCCCAGAAAGUGCACAGAUAAGGCGAUGAAGGCCAUGUUCAGGGUGAAACGACGUGCAAGGAUAAUGCCAACAAUGCAACAUAGGAUCAAGGAGGUGAUAGGCAUGGUGCCGGUGACCGUACUUGUGGUCGAGGAGGACGUGGACGCAGUGCCAGCACCCAGCGGACGCUGUAGACGAGCCCUCAGACUGAUCGGUUUUGGUAACGACGAGCGAUGUUUCACCAAGUUUGGUUGCGGUCUUGGAUUGACCGGUCAUCAUGGCAGCAAUCAUUUCCAGGGCAAAGUCGACAGGCAGCUCAACGUGAUGCCCAUGGCAGCAGCGGCAACAUGGACAGGCAAAACA